CUGUAGAAAUUUAUAACUUGUAGUAGUUCUUAUCUACUAAAUGCGUGUGCACACAUUGAUAACCAUAUUGUACAUUUAGCACAGUAGUUCGAACAAAAUUAGUGGCUUGUUUUUCACAAUGUUGACACUAAAGAACAUUAGCAAAAUUCAUCUGUUCAAUGUACGAUCAUGUUGUUCCAAGACGAAUUUAAACGACGUUGUAAUAGUCAGUGCAGUCAGAACACCUAUCGGAUCGUUUCUCGGAGGCUUAUCGAGCGUACCUGCGCCAAAACUUGGAGCCGUGGCUAUUCAAGCAGCAGUAGAGCGUAGCAAGGUUUCGAAGGAUCAGAUUACAGAAGUUUUUAUGGGAAAUGUUUGUCAAGCUUCUUUGGGUCAAGCGCCAGCGAGACAAGCUACGUUGUUUGCAGGUUUUCCCAAGUCAACGAUAUGUACAACGAUCAAUAAAGUUUGCGCAAGCGGUAUGAAAAGCAUCAUGCUUGCUUCUCAGACGUUACAAUGUGGACACCAAGAGAUCGUGCUUGCUGGUGGUAUGGAAUCAAUGUCCAACGUACCAUUCUACCUUGCACGAGGAGAAACAAAGUACGGUGGUAUGAGACUCGAGGAUGGGAUCGUGUUUGAUGGUUUAACGGAUGUUUACAACAAAUUUCAUAUGGGCAAUUGCGCAGAAAACACUGCUAAAAAGUUAAAUAUCACGCGCAAAGAGCAAGACGAAUACGCUAUCAACAGUUACAAACGUAGCGCGGAAGCGUAUGCGAAUAAAGUAUUUCAAGAUGAACUUGCACCAGUUAACGUGCCGCAAAAAAAAGGCAAACCUGAUAUUGUAUUCAACGAAGACGAAGAGUACAAGAGGGUGGACUUUGCUAAAUUUAACAAAUUGAACACGGUCUUUCAGAGAGAAAAUGGUACAGUCACUGCUGGAAAUGCGUCGACUUUGAACGAUGGAGCUGCCGCGUUGGUUUUAACGACUGCGAACGUCGCGCAGAAAAUGAAUCUGAAGCCUUUGGCGCGAGUGGCCGCGUUUCAAGAUGCUGCGACCGAUCCUAUCGAUUUUCCAAUUGCACCGUCUUUCGCUAUUCCCAAAUUGCUACAAAGGGCCGGUGUUAAUAAAAACGAUAUAGCCCUUUGGGAGAUCAACGAAGCUUUCAGCGUAGUUGUCGUUGGAAACCAGAAGCUGCUCGAUAUCGAUCCUAGUAAAGUAAACGUCCACGGCGGCGCUGUGUCUCUUGGUCACCCCAUCGGUAUGUCUGGGGCACGUAUCGUGGUACACUUGGUACACGCUCUGAAGGCUGGGGAAAAGGGUGUUGCGUCCAUUUGUAACGGAGGCGGCGGUGCCUCUUCAAUUUUAAUCGAAAAAUUGUAAGUCCGCGACGAGAAACGUUUCCGCUGAUGCGGAAAUAUUUUUAUACUUAUUAUGCGGGGAAAAGACUAUACUCGAUCAAUACUCCAGUAAAAAAUGUAUUUUACCAUAUGGUUUUUGAAAGAAUCGUAAAAACUUUCUAUUUUUUUACUACACACGUGUAAUUUUUAUAUUUAGAUUUUUACAAAUCACGUUGUUACGACGAAUAAACA